AGAUUUAUUGGAUACUCCAGCACAGGUCCAGAUGGGUGGCAUCGACGACGGCCCAUGGAGCAAAAGGGAACGGUGCGUUGGAUACUCCAGCAAAGGUUGCUUGGACGGAGGGACUGUUGGGCGGAGGUCGGACGGAAGAGUGACAGCGGCGACGACUCAUGAAGCGAAAAGGAGAAGUCAUAGGAAGGUAAAAAAUUGGUCAGCAAUUUAA